GGCCGGCUGCGUCUCCUCGGACUGGAUGUGGAUAAGAUGGAGAGCCCUGAAGGCCUCUGCCCGCUCCGUCCUCUGCAGCUCAGCGCGUCCUCGGAUGCUGCGCCUCCGCUCGUCUCUGCCUCUGCUGCGCAGCCGCAGUUUCUCCCGGACGCAGGGAGACGAGCAGGCGGACACAAAAAUGGCCCUUGACAAUCUGAUUUUCGCCCAGUGCGUGCUGUAUUUCUUAGCCUUCGUGUUCGGCUUCAUCGCCGUGGUGCCGCUGUCGGAGAACACGGAGGACUUCGGGGGGAGAUGCCUGCUGUUCACGCGCGGGAUGUGGCAGAACGAGAACAUCACCGUGUCCAAGCAGCGCUUCAUCGUGGAGGAGUGGGGUCCCGAGUCCUGCUGCAGCUUCACCACUUUUGUCGGGAUUGCGUCGCUCAUCCUGUCCGCAUUGCAGGCAUGGAGGCUGCUCUUCUUCUUGUGCAAAGGACACGACGACUCAUUCUUUAACUCCUUCCUCAACCUGAUGAUCAGCUCCCUGGUGAUGUUCACCAUCUUCCUGUCGAGCACCAUCGUAAGCGUGGGUUUCAACCUGUGGUGUGACGCCAUCACCGAGAGCGGCACAAUGCCUAACAGCUGUGAAGAACUCCAGGAUACGGAUCUAGAACUCAACCUGGACAACUCUGCUUUCUAUGACCAGUUUGCAAUAGCUCAGUUUGGUCUGUGGGCUGCGUGGCUCAGUUGGCUUGGGAUCACAGUGUUGGCCUUCCUGAAGGUCUACCACAACUACAGACAAGAGGACAUGCUGGACUCCCUGAUCCACGAAAAGGAACUGCUGCUAGGGCGCUCGUCACGCCGCGGCUCUGACCCUGGACUGAUCUAGAACCUGUCUUCACACAGGCCCACACAGACACACAGUCCUCCUUCCUGCAACGAGAAACACUAAUGCGUGCCCAUGGAGACAAUCAAAAUCAGUUUGCUUUUGCUUCCAUCCCCGCCACCCCCCCACCCCCCGCCC